AUGUAUUUAAAAAAUAUUGUUAGAUUAUUUCUCCUAUCUUUAAUAUCCUGCACAAGUGCCGUGUAUGGUUUGCGCUUGGUAGGCCAGUGGAAAACGUCCGAUUUUUAUAAAUUUUUAGUGAAAUUUGGGUUUCAGCAAACGGACAAAAACGAUGAAACAGCCAGGACUCAGGGUUACAUAUACGGCAACAUUACGGCUACCAAAUACGAAGAUUAUGAUAUUGCGCUAGUUGUUCUAGACAGUGAAUACUUUCUAAAUUUCUUCACUAAUCGCUCGCUAUCUCCCAGACACGAUGCAUGUUCUAGAAUGUUUUCUCAGAUCAACAGAUUGGCCUGGGACAAAGAUUGCAACGUGAAUGGCAAGGAGGACUUCAUAAGGUACAUACCAUGCAGAAGGGAUGGGCUAUGUAGGGAUGAGCUGGCCGACAGGAUGGUUCGCAACAGUCAGUUCACAUUCAGGGUUCAAGAUAAAGAACAACCGAGGUAUUGGUACAUAAGUAUGGUGGCCUGCAGUCUCAACACAACCAACUCUUCGUGUCAGUGGACCCACAUUAAGAAUUCUCCGUCUAUGUUGAUCAAUUAUGACAUCUGGUUAGUCAAUGGAGACCCCGAUGACAAAAAUUCAAAUUUCUUUGAGCACCACUUCUCGAUCGAACAGUUUGAUGUUUUUGAAAUUUACCUCACAUUCUUCAUUCUCUACAUUCUCAUCAUUCCAGUGCAGGCCUAUGCUCUUAGCUUACGAAGGCAUACAGUUGCUGUUUUAUUAUUCCUCUGCCUAUUUCUCGAGUUUUUAGGAAUUGUUUUUAAUUUCGUUCACUACACAAAAUUUGCCGGGGACGGGAUUGGAGUCGUCAGUUUGAGUACAGUAGGAAAGUUUUUUGACCUGCUAGCCCAGAGUUUGUUCAUGCUGCUUUUGCUGUUGGUUGUGAAGGGAAUGGCUAUCAAUUGUGAGAGGCUGCCCAUAUUCACGAUUCUCUUCGUUUCUACCGUCUGGUUUGCCUACACUGCUUCCAAUAUUGCCCUAUUCAUCUGGAAUCUGUUAGAGGUACAGUUCAUAAGUGAUGUUGAUGAGUGGCAGACAUGGCCUGGCUUCCUGAUCCUAACAUUCAGGAUCAUCAUUAUGCUGUGGUUUUUGUAUGAGCUGAGAACAACGUUUCUAGAAGACCAUGGAUUCAUUAAGUCCAGAGUCUACCUCCAUUUUGGUGCCGGUUUCAUGGUCUGGUUCAUCUACCUUCCAAUUGUUGCCAUCAUUGGAUCGAAUAUAUCCACAUUUUGGAGGUUCAAAACUAUCCAAAGUUUAUGCAGCUCAGCUGACUUUGUAUCUUAUUGUAUCACGAUGCACUUGCUCUGGCCGACGAAGAAAUACCUCUACUUCAAUUCCAUGAAUACUCAGAACGGAUACCUGCGCGAAUAUGCUCAUAACAAUCAUAAAGGUAUCAAUCUAUCUAUCUAUAUAUCUAUCUAUCUGUCUAUAUAUUUAUUGUUAUUUGUUUGUUUGCUGUUAUUGUUAUGA